AUGGCGGCGCCCGCUCGAGGGCCGGCGAGCUCACAGCGCCCCCUUGGUGACGGGCGGUCCCCAGCUCCCCGGAAAGAGCCGGCGCGGCUCUACGUCCCCGUCGCAGAUCGACACCUAAGCCUUGGCGCGUUACCGAGCAACUGCCUUAACGCAUCGAAGACCAUCGUUUGCUUCAACCUUUCUGUCCCGCCUCUCUCAGGAAAGUGCCGUGGUCUCCGCACCGCUCGCAAGCUGCGCAGCCACCGCCGCGACCAGAAGUGGCACGACAAGCAGUACAAGAAGGCUCACCUGGGCACGGCGCUGAAGGCCAAUCCGUUCGGCGGCGCGUCCCACGCCAAGGGGAUCGUCCUGGAGAAAGUUGGAGUAGAAGCUAAACAGCCUAACUCUGCUAUCAGGAAGUGUGUGAGAGUCCAACUCAUUAAGAAUGGCAAAAAAAUAACAGCCUUUGUUCCCAACGAUGGUUGCCUGAACUUCAUUGAGGAAAACGAUGAAGUGCUGGUAGCUGGUUUUGGUCGGAAGGGUCACGCCGUUGGUGACAUUCCUGGAGUUCGCUUCAAGGUUGUCAAAGUAGCCAAUGUUUCUCUGUUGGCCUUGUACAAGGGCAAGAAAGAGAGACCAAGAUCAUAAAUUUCUAUUAACUUGCCAAGAAUAUCAAUAAAAUUUUUGAUUGGAAAA